UAGCGGCGUCAACAUCGACAUCGGCGACAUGUACCCGAAGACGGUGUCGUUCCUGAGAGGGACGACUGAGCUCAGCAGCCACUACUACUUGCCGCUCGCCCGCAGCGUCACCGUCGUCCGGCCCAUCGACACAAAGCCCGAGGAGGAGCUGGAUCGCUUGAGUCGCAAGGAUUUCUUCGGCUACUCCCAGAAAUGCGUCAUCGGAGCCGACUUCAGCGAUCCCAGCAGCCCGGAGGUGUGGUGGAACCCGUACGUGCCGUAUAGCAAGAGCAUCGCCACGUCGCUCAUGAACAGCGCGCUGCUCCGUUACUUCAGCGGUGACACGACCGCCGUGUUCCGAAUGCGUCUGCGGGCAUUCAGCAGGAGAGCGGUGGGUGAGCCGGAGGCAGAGAGCGUGGCUCACACGGUGGUUCGCGACACCACGCCUUUCGUGGAGCGCGGACUGCGUUCGUUCAGCCCCUGGCGUAAGGUGCUGCUUCCGCCCAUCAUGGGUCUCGCCGGCGCCGCGUUCGUGGUGGCACCCGUGGCCGAGACGGCGUCGGGCUCCAAGCAGCUGCAGCUCAUGACGGGCGUGCCGGGCCUCGUGUACUGGCUCAGCCACUACCUGUUCGACGGCUGUCUCUACACGCUCCUCUGGGUCUCGGCCGCUUUCCUCUUUGUCAUAAACAACAAAGUGCGCGCCGACACUGCCGUGGCUCUCUUCCUGCUGGUGCUGUUGGGCUUCCCGACACUAACGGGCGUGUCCUACCUGACAUCUUUCUUCGCCAAGUCGGUCGGCAUCUGGUACAUACUGUUGUUCUGCGUGUACAUGGCUUUUGACCGCGACGCGAACAACGGGCCUCCGUACACUGUGAGCCCGUUCGACCUGCACGAGAUGUGCGUCGGCGUCAACCUGCUCGUGCUGCUCAUCGAGGGAAUCGCCAUGUUUGUGGUCGUCUCUGUUCUCGACUCCGGAACCCUGUUCGCCAUCCGGAACGUCCUGGCAGAGAGGCGCGUGCACACGUUGAACGAGAUGAUGGACACGGACGUGGAGAAUGAGGCCCGCGAGGCACCGCGGGUGGCCGCCGUGCCGGGUCUCGAGAACCACGCCCUGGUGCUGUGCGACAUCUGGCGUUUCCUGGUGCUAAGCCGCGCGCCUCAGCUCAAGGCCAUCAACCUGUGCCUGGCGGAAGGCGAGUGCUUCGGCCUGCUCGGCAUGCACCAGUCCGGCAAGACGCUGCUACUCGAAGUGCUCAGCGCGCUCGCCGUGCGCACGUCGGGCAACGCCUACAGCCAGAAGUACAUGCUGUCCUCGUCUCCCAGGAAUUGGCAGUCGCAGAUCGGCUACUGUCCGGCGUCGGGAGGUCUGCUUUCCAGUCUGGCCGUGGGUGACCAACUGACGCUGUUUGCGCGGCUGCGAGGCGUUCCACGAGAGCGGCAGGAGAGUUGCAUCAACAGCUUGCUCGGGGCCUGCAACCUGAACGACAAGCGACUCGACUGUCCCAGGGACUUCGGCAUAUCGGACAAGCGCAAGCUCUCGCUGGCCAUUGCGCUGAUUGGGGCGCCCAGCCUCGUCUUCCUGGACGAACCGCUCAAGGGCGUCGACACCGGCACGAGCCAGAGGCUCUUUGAUUUGCUCAGAUACAUGCGCAGCAGGGCGAAGGCCACCACAGUCAUCUACGCCUCAAUCAGCAUGCAGCAGCUGGAGUUCACUUGCGACCGGUUGGCCAUCAUGGUGGACGGGCAGCUGCAGUGCGUCGGCACCAUCGAGCAUUUGCGCGACAAGUUCGGUCAGGGCAUGGUCAUGAAGAUCCAGCUGGCCGCCUCCGAGAUUGACCGCAACAUCGAGGUGCAGCCGGUGAUGACGGCCCUGUUCCCCGACAGCCGCAUGAUAUGCUACCACCAGGGUCUGCUGAGCUUCGAGAUGACCGAGAAGCGUCCCUGGAGCGAGGUCUUCUCGAGCGUGGACCUGCUGAUGCAGGGCUUCCAGUGCGAGUACGUGCUCGUCUCGGAGGCGACGCUCGAAGAAGUGUACAUGGCCUUCGCAAAGUAGCGAGGUCAUGACGAUGGCGCCUCCAACCGGGACGCUGUAGCGCCUCUGCGAGUGGCGCGUUUAUAGUUUACCAUAAUGCGUAUAUAUGUGUAUAUGUAGUUCCUUCGUUGUAUUCUCUUGCGAAUCGUUCACCUAUGCUUUGUUCAUUUGUAACAUUAGACUUAUUUGUCGUCCUCCAGCAUCCUUAAACAUUUUAUUCAUCCGCAUCACUGCACGCCGAUUUCUCAUCGUUUUGCGAAGUUUUCUUGAAUCGGCCGCGCAUGCGCCAUUGCGUUGCCGCGUGCGCCAGCGUAUAGAUGAUGGCCUUGAAGUAUCUCUUCUCUAAAGAACUGCGUUAAAUUGUUCAAAGGCAUUUAAUAAAAGUGUAACUUAUUUCUCGGAUUG